AUGGUGAUUGCAUAUAAUAAAGACAGCGCUACAAAGGUCCAAGCCAUCCUGAGCUUGCAGGAUGACUGGCGUGCAUGGUUUCAAGUCAUUAAAGACCAUGCAAACAAGCAAGAAGAAUGGAAGGAUAUAUAA